UUUGCUUGAACAUUGCGAACUUGUAAUUGGUUUCGCGACUCGAUAAAUCUAGUCAUGGUGGAAUUAAUGAGCUUCUCUGGGUACUUCAAUCUCAAGAGGAUCCCUCUAAAGUUCUCAUGCUUCAGCAAAUAGAUGUGAAUUUGAAGGUGUUCUAAGAGCCACGACAGAUCCCACAAAUUAAGUCUUGUGCAUAGCCAUUUCAACAACCAGCACCAUGAGAAAACUGCAGCUCUUCUUUGUGACAGUUGUCAUCUUAACCCUUGUAUUAGUGAAAUUUUUCUCAUCAUAUCUUCACAUUACAACUAGGAGUCGUUCACAAGUACUGGCAAGUGAUUUAAGACGUCUAGCAGUAGACCUUUCUGAGACACAGCGCAGCUUGGUACAUUUACCAUUGCAGUUCUACAAAGUUGAACGAAAUAUUGAGCUGGUAAAGCAACUGAUAAAAUCUGUGGAUGGACAGCCACUGCAAAAGGACACUGUUUCCAGCAAUUCUUCUCCAGAAACUUAUGUUAAAAAGAGAGAGGUUUGCCCUGAGAAAUAUAUGGGAAAGGAUUCUUCUUAUGGAUUCCCAUUUUAUAGGAAAGGUUUUGAAGGAGAAAAUUGCACAGACUUUGUCCCAAUUGAUGAACUUGUGACUAUGAUUAUGACAUCACCAAAGGAACUAUCACCUGAAAAGCUGAGAAAAGUGUUUGAAGGAGUUUCCACAUAUUAUCCAAGUGUACCUGUAAUAUUUGUUUCAAACAAAACAUUGAAGUUCAAGUGGCUGAAAGAAGUACGUUUAAGACUUACUUUCAUGGCAUUUGAUGACCUUACACAUGGAGAAACAUGGUCCAAGUUACUCAAGAUGGUGGCCACACCCUAUGCACUCUUUGCACCAGAUAUCACUUACUUCACUGAUGAUGUUAAUCUUGAACGCCUUGUACGGGUACUGAGUGAGAACAGGGAUACCAUCCUUGUAGGGGGAAGCCAAAAGAAUCAACGGGGGGAGUGGGACAAUAGCUGUCGUCAAGUGCAAUUCAGAAAUUGGACUGCAUACUUUUCAGAUGGGUAUUACCACUCAUUUAAUGACUGUGUACAAUGUGAUGUGCUGCUUGGUCCAUUUAUGGCAAGAACCAAAGAACUCCAGGAUUUUGGAAUUGAUGAAAAACUACAUUUUGGUUCCUUUCAAGACAUAUUCUGGCGAUUAAAACUCAAACAUCCAGAGAAAGUUGUUGCCAGCUGUCCUGAUGUCAUGUUCAAUAUUUAUGAGCAAGAAAUUCCAGAUGAAAAAUAUGAUGCCCUGGCCCAGAAAUGGGAUGUGAAGAAAUGGGUGGAGUCUAAUGGGCAAGUGCGUUGGUAUGGGUGCCGAAGAGGAGGGCAUGCCCGUGAUAAUAAAUCGUCCUGUGGUAUACCAGCCACAGGACUCGCUGUUCCUCCUUGUGACUUGGAGAAUCUUGCUGACAUAGUCAAGUUUAUCAUGAAGGAAUGUGAAAAUGCUGGGAUUUAUUGUGAACUUAAUGCAGGAACUCUAUUAGGAGCUGUUAAAUUCAAGGGGGUUUUGCCAUGGGAACGUGAUGCUGACAUCCAAUUUCCUUCAGAGAACUACACAGCAUUUCAAAAGCUUCGUCCAAGAUUUGAAGCAGCAGGCUAUAAAUUUGACGAUAGAAAAGGAACUGAAUGCUGCACAGAUGGACGCAAGACAUCCGGCAUUUUUGUAAUCUAUGGAAAUGGCUGGGGUGUUGACGUUUAUGGUAAACCUAGGCUUGAGUCUGAGAUGCUUGUAGCUAAUGGUCAGCAGCCAACUAAAGUGAUGUUUGCUGGUCAGUGGGCUACUGCCAUGCGCAAUCCAGGACUUUCUGCUCGAAAUCGAUAUGGACCUAAUAUUUAUAAGCAUGUAGAGCAUUGGUAUGACAUAGGAAUGAAGAGUGGGGUUAUGCGCUACAAAUCAGGUGUCUUCACCAAAUGUCCACAGCCGGGACACAUGGGGUGUUUAGACCAGCUCCGUCCUGAUGGCAAUCUUCAGUUAGGUGACAGCUCUGUCACCUAAAUUGCUUUACAUGCCAACUUCAACAUGUAACAAGCAAACAGAGGCAAAAUGAAAUGGUCUUUCACAGGCCAAGAAGAAAGAUAUCUUUUGCACAAACUAUUUAGGAAUACAGCAAGGGUUAGACAAGGGGCCCAACAUGAUUUGUAGUAAAUAAAAGUUACACGAGAUGGAAGAUAGACAAACAAGGACAUGGAGGAAGACUUGCUGCUUCCACGUUCUCUUUGCUGAGUAUUUGAUUAACAUGUCAGCGAACUUAUGGAAUUUCAAGUUGUAGUGUUCUUAAAAUAUAAAAUUAGCUUGAAAAGUGUUAAUCAAUGUUUAUGUCCUCAACAUUGUAUACAUUUAUACCUUUGUUACUUUAUUUUAGUAUUGAUGUACCGUUUUAUUAUAAGUAGCUAACAAAUGAUCAUUGACAUCAAUGAGAAAUUAAUGUGUGUGUGAUAACUCAUUGAUGUCUUUAUGGAGUAAUUACUGAUUAAUUAAAAGAGCACAAGACAGAAUUUCUCCUUUUGAUAUCAACAAAAUAUCAAGCAGAAUAGGGACGUAAAAAAAAAGUAUCAAUUAGGGGAUUAUUACGUGAUCCAUACCAAAUUCUCCACACUAGGAGGUAGUAAGGAGAAUCACUAAUGAGAUCUUGGGAGUGAAUUUGGCUAAGGCCUCAAUAGUGAGUAAACAUUGAAUAUUUAACAAGUUUUAACAAACUCCCCUCUUGACUUAAUAUGACAGAAAAAGGUAUGGUCUGCACAAAAUUUAUACCUAUCUAGGUCUAAUUAACAAUUUGCACAUCAGAGCAGGGUAAUCAUCUGACGAGGAUUCAAAAUACUUUACACCACAAGCAGAUUAUGAUUUGCCAAACUGAAGUUGACUGACUCAAAAACUCUCCAGGGCUACAUGUAGUUUUAAUAAUAGUAGGCAUAAAGAAAUUUUUUUUUCCCUCACAGCAUAAAGAAAUGAUAUAGUUAGAAUCAGUUAAACUUAAAUUCAGAAGAAUUAUUGUGUUUAUUUGUUAUGAAUUCUACAGUAGCUUUCAACCCUGUUGUCUCAUUAAUGACAUCAAUAUCUUAACCUUUCUAGGAGCCCUUAUGAGACACAGAUUACCCAUCCAGUACUAGCAACUGUCAUGAGGAAUCAACCAAAUACCAUACUGGUUACCUAGAUCAAUUAGAAUACCUGUUGACAAGUCUGAAUUUGUAGUUUUCUUCCAACCAAAACUCAGGCUCUGGCACAUGUUAAUGACUCUGACAAGUUCAAGAUGAUGUAAUGUGAUUAUAUAAUAAAU